CGCACCCUGUAAAGAAAAACUGACGUGGAUUUUAACUCGGCUCGCCUCGUCGCUCUCGUAGAAAUUUAUUCUUGUGACAGAAACGGUACCCGUCCGCUGCCCUGCGAAUUCCAUUCCACGUCGAGACGUUCGCUAAACGAGGAACAAGAGUUUCUGUCGGGAAUUUCAUUCAUUGAAUCCCGAUUUUCGUUCUUCCUUCAAACCUUCUCAACGCACAACUCGCCUAACUAAAAAUGCGGCUCGCCGCUACCGUGGUUUGUUUGGCAGUGGCCCUGGCGGCCUCAGUUUCGGCCCUAAAACCGGACGAAUGUGAAGUUUGCAUCAAGGUUGUCCAGAGAUUUGCAGACUCAUUGUCCGACAAAACAAAAAAAGACACUCAAGCAAUUGAAAGAGAGUUCAAAUCGUACUGCAAGGAUCUGAGAGGAAAAGAAAACAGAUUCUGUUACUACCUGGGAGGCCUUGAGGAGUCUGCAACGGGAAUUCUUGGCGAGCUGUCAAAGCCCCUUUCCUGGUCUAUGCCUGCAGAGAAAAUCUGCGAAAAGCUCAAGAAGAAGGACGUCCAAAUCUGCGACUUGCGCUAUGACAAGACAAUUGAUCUGAAGACUGUGGACCUGAAAAAGCUGAAGGUGCGUGAUCUGAAGAAGAUUUUGAAUGACUGGGACGAGGAGUGCGACGGCUGCUUGGAAAAAACCGACUUCAUCAAGAGGAUAGAAGAGCUCAAACCAAAGUACAUGAGAGAAGACUUGUGAUCGGUUUUCCCAAGACUGCUGAACCUGAGUAACUGGCUGCUUGAUUGGGCGUUUGUUUGAAUGGAGUGUCUAUUUUUCCUCUCUUGUCCUCGUUUUUAAUUUAUUCUCAUCAAAUAAUGUGUUAGGGAAACAGAUCAAUUAAAGCGCAAGUCAAUCCUAGAAUGAUCCAGAACUUGUGGAGAUGCUGGGCAUUAAUCUUUAUCUCUAUUGUUCACUUGAUAGAAUUAAUGUGACAGACAGAACUUGACCAAAAAACUUUACCCUGGCCAAACAGACAAAAAGAGUUGUUUAUCCGUGUGUUGUAUUCAUGCCGUCAUUUUGUUAUUAAAUGCAAGAAUAAUAAAGCGAAUUUCUAGGACA